AUGGGAUCUCUCGGUGGUGAGACUACUACCCUUCCUUGGGUCAAGACGCCCUGCGUCUACAGCACUGCUGUUUCUCGUGCCGUUGGCUGCAACAUCUACCUCAAGCUCGACAACCUCCAGCCUUCGGGCUCCUUCAAGUCCCGCGGCAUUGGCAACCUCAUGACCCGCGCCGUCGCCCACCACCCCGGCAAUGUGCACUUUUACUGCGCCUCUGGUGGCAACGCUGGCCUCGCCUGCGCUACCUCGGCCCUCGCCCUUGACCGGCCCUGCACUGUCGUUGUCCCCCUCACCACAUCUGACUUUAUGAAGAACAAGCUCAUCGCCCUCGGCGCCCGUGUCGAGCAGGUGGGCAAGAACCUCUUCGCUGCCGAGCAGUACGUCAAGCAAGAGCUCGUCGCCAACGAUCCGGAUGGCGUUUUCGUCCCGCCCUUUGAUCACCCCGAUAUCUGGGACGGCGCCGCCAGCCUCAUCCCCGAGCUACGCGACCAGAUGGACGUGCCCAUGGACGCCAUCGUUUGCUCCGUAGGCGGUGGCGGCCUCUUCAACGGCCUCAUGCAGGGCAUCGAGACCUUCCCCUGGUCCGGCAGCAAGCCCCAUGUCGUCGGCGUCGAGACCGCUGGCGCCGACUCCCUCAACGCCUCCCUCAACGCCAACGAGCACCUCACCCUCCCCGAGAUCACCUCCAUCGCCGUAUCCCUCGGCUGUUCCCGCGUCUCAGCCCAGACGUGGAAGUGGGCACACUACCCCAACACCCACAGCAUGGUCGUCUCCGAUGCCGACGCCGCCAUGGCCUGCGUCCGCUUUGCCGACGACGCCCGCCUCCUCGUCGAGGUCUCCUGUGGUGCCGCUCUGGCUGCUGCUUACCGCGGCGACCUCCGUGCUUCCAUCGGAAAGGGCCUCUCUGACGCCGAGUGGGCUGAGAAGAACGUUGUCCUGAUCGUCUGCGGCGGCUCCGGUGUCUCUCUGCAGCUCCUCGACCGCUACGUUCAGGAGUACGGCCCUCACUCCGCUAUCAAGGUCUAA